GGCGGACACAAGCUGUGCAGGUCUCCGCAAUGCCAGUCGGAUCUUAAGCCGCCCGGUUCACCCCGUGACAAGGAAAGGUCAAAAAGAGCCCAGUUCCCGCCCGAACCGCAGACCACCCGUCCGAAACGGGCAGGAGAAAGCAAAGCAGACAGCAGCGUUGAAUCGGAGUAAAGCGCGUCCUCCGGUGCAGCGCAGCGCAGCUAUAAGAGGAUUGCCGUAUCCCAAGAACUGCAACGCCGCCUGAAGUGUGUUUAGACGGGGGAAAAUGUCAUUGUCUGGGAAGGAAAACAACACUACCCCUCAUGCCAAUUACGUGGGACCGUACCGCUUAGAAAAGACCCUCGGGAAAGGACAGACAGGUCUUGUGAAGCUCGGGGUCCACUGUGUCACAUGCCAGAAAGUCGCCAUAAAGAUCGUAAACCGAGAAAAGCUCAGCGAAUCCGUCUUAAUGAAGGUGGAGCGAGAGAUCGCCAUCUUGAAGCUAAUAGAACAUCCACAUGUAUUAAAGUUGCACGACGUCUAUGAAAAUAAGAAAUAUUUGUAUUUGGUUUUAGAGCAUGUGUCAGGUGGAGAAUUGUUUGACUAUCUGGUAAAGAAGGGACGAUUAACACCCAAAGAAGCUCGAAAGUUCUUCAGACAGAUCAUCUCAGCUCUGGACUUCUGCCACAGUCACUCAAUAUGUCACAGGGACCUGAAGCCGGAGAACCUGUUGCUGGAUGAGAAGAAUAACAUCAGGAUAGCAGAUUUCGGCAUGGCAUCCCUUCAGGUGGGAGACAGUCUGCUGGAAACCAGCUGUGGAUCUCCUCAUUACGCGUGUCCUGAAGUCAUCCGGGGAGAGAAGUAUGACGGAAGGAAAGCAGACGUUUGGAGCUGUGGGGUCAUUCUGUUCGCUCUGUUAGUGGGGGCUCUGCCGUUUGACGACGAUAAUUUAAGAAACUUGUUAGAAAAAGUGAAGCUGGGUGUCUUUCACAUGCCCCAUUUUAUCCCACCGGACUGCCAGAACCUUCUGCGAGGAAUGAUCGAGGUCGACGCCGGCAAUCGAUUAACGUUAGAGCUGAUCCAGAAGCACACGUGGUACAUAGGAGGGAAGAACGAGCCGGAGCCGGAGCAGCCGGUGCCCAGGAAGGUGUCGAUCCGCAGCAUCCCUUCGGCCGACGACAUCGACCCGGACGUCCUGGAGAGCAUGCACUCGCUGGGCUGCUUCCGGGACAAGAACAAGCUGAUGAAGGACCUGCUGUCGGACGAUGAGAAUCAGGAAAAGAUGAUCUACUUCCUUCUGUUGGAUCGUAAGGAGAGAUACCCAAGCCACGAAGACCAGAACCUCCCUCCUCGCAACGAUAUAGACCCGCCGCGGAAGCGAGUCGACUCACCCAUGCUGAACAGACACGGGAAGAGGAGGCCGGAGAGGAAGUCUAUGGAGGUGCUGAGCGUUACGGAUGGAGGUUCACCUGUACCUGCACGACGAGCCAUCGACAUGACACAACACGGACAGAGGUCACGGUCCAUCAGCGGCGCGUCCUCUGGUCUCUCCACCAGCCCUCUCAGCAGCCCACGGGUGACCCCCCACCCCUCUCCAAGGGGCAGCCCUAUCCCCACCCCCAAAGGAACGCCCGUGCACACGCCUAAGGACAGCCCAGCAGGGACGCCGACCCCUACGCCACCCCCCAGCCCCUCCAUCGGGGGAAUGCCCUGGAAGACGCGCCUCAACUCUAUCAAGAACAGCUUCUUGGGCUCACCGCGAUUUCACCGCAGGAAACUGCAAGUUCCCACUCAAGAGGAAAUGUCCAGCCUCACGCCAGAGUCUUCCCCAGAACUUGCCAAAAAAUCUUGGUUUGGUAACUUCAUCAACCUAGAGAAAGAGGAGCAGAUCUUCGUGGUUAUUAGGGACAAGCCGCUGAGCUCAAUAAAAGCCGACAUCGUCCACGCCUUUCUCUCGAUACCCAGCCUCAGUCACAGCGUCGUCUCGCAGACGAGUUUUCGGGCCGAGUACAAAUCCACCGCCGGCCCCACCGUCUUCCAGAAGCCUGUCAAGUUCCAGGUGGACAUCACGUACACAGAGAGCACCGCGGCCACCAAGGAGCACGGCAUCUAUUCAGUCACCUUCACUCUGCUCUCAGGUCCAAGCCGGCGUUUCAAGCGUGUGGUAGAAACGAUUCAGGCGCAGCUGUUAAGCACACACGACCAGCCGGGAGUCCAGCAGCUGUCCGGAAUUAUCCAGAAAACAUAUUAAAACUCCGCCCCCCACUUCCCUGCACAUCCUGAGAUGGACAGUUAUUGACAGACGGCACUUUUCAUGACGAACAAGCAGGUUUCCAAGGAGAUGGAUGCUUCAUCCUUCAUCAUACUCUCUACUUCCCGCUCCCCACCUGGACUAAAACACAAACACCCACACUUCUUCCUACUCAACCUGUUUGCUCCCCUGCCAUCUUCUCAGCACACCGACUUAUUCAAGUGGAACCGGCUGCAAAAAAAAAAAAAAAAAAAACUAAAAACAAUUCUGUUCCAAAAUAUAGUGAGCUUCCUCAACCCUUAAUGCAACAAACUUCAUAAAAAUGAACAGAGAAAGCACUUAAAUUAACAAAACUGAGGACUCUGUAUUUGUAUGUUAUAUAUUUUUAUGCACAUUAAACAUUAUCACAUUAUAGUUUCGAGCUAUUCACGUAGCCAUGUGCUAACGUCAAACUCUAUUGAAUCAAUCGAGUCUUAGUUGUUAGCUUAGCAACAUGUCAAAUGCAAACUGUACUAAAGUCAGUUGAGAAUUGAGUUACUUGCGCGCAUACUUGAGGAGAGCCAUGCGUCACAUGGAGUUGUUGCCUGUGACUUUUACAGAUAACUUGUUAGCUUAGCAAUAUGCUAAUGGAAAACUCUACUAUAAUCGAUUAAGAAUCAAGUAUCCGGUGUGCACAGCGCAAGGAAUGCCGUUUAUACGUCACAUGGAGUUGCUUCCCAUAAAGAGGGAAGUUGUUAGCUUAGCAACAUGCUAAUGGCAAACAUUACUGAAUCUAUUGAGAAUCGAGUUGUUUGUUGUACGUUAGACAGAGUUGCUGUUUCUGAAUUAUGGAAGCUUAUUUUUUGCCAAAAGUAAUUGUGACUUAUCUCAGACAUUUUGUAUUGCAAUUCUGACUUUUGACUCGCACAUACAAGAUAUAAACUCAGAAUUGCAAGAUAUUCCGAGAAGAAAAGUGUGAAUCGAGACUCAAGUUUAGAAAGACAAAACACAAUUCUCAUAUUUUUCUUUCAGCUGAGAGCUUUAUAACUGUCGAUUAUGACUUCAAAGAAUUCCCAUAUGCAAGUUAUUAACUAGCAAUAAGACUUUUUUUCUUACAAUUGCGAGUUUGUAUCUUGCAGUUCUGGGUUUAUAUCUCACAUUUUUGAAUUAUGAAAAUUGUUAUAAACAAUUUUAUUUAUUUAUUUACUUCUGCUGGAAAUAAGCUUCCUCAAUAAAGCACAUUAUUUUAUUGGUUACAAAGGAGUUAAGAAAUUGCCUUAAGCCUGGUAUGCAAAGUUUUAGCCUUGAUUUUGCCACCUAAGACAAAUCUUGUCAGUAAACAAAAUAUUUCUACAAGUGUUUAUUGUGCUUUAGAAGGGAGCUCACUAGGUUUGGAACAGAUUCACCUUUAAAAUACUACACAUAAGCACACACUCACAACUCUUGGAUGUUUGACUCAGAUUCAUAAAGACCAUAGGAAAAAAAAAAAACAACAACAUCAAAAAAAGAAACGCAAAUCAAGAAGGAAAAGACGACUUUGAGAGCUUGUCCUGGAGGAUGUGGACUUUUUCAAAUUGUAUCGUUUCCAUUUGCGCUCUCUUGAUUUUAUUUAUUUAUGACUUUAUGUUCAAAGAACAUCACUUGAUCUGAAAUCAUUGCUGCAAAAGGACUGAAACAUGGAUUUCAGUGAGUUUGGGGAUGGGUUGGGGUGGGGGAUAGUACCGAAUGAAUUUAUCCUAAUGAAUGAAUCUCUGUUGUACAGAUUGAAAAUAAUUAUGUACAAAUAAAAUGUCUAGAUGUGACACUAGCUUUAGUUCUGUUGUAGAUUCAGAUUUAAAGUAUUGUGUUGCCGAUCUUUAUUUAAUUAUUAUUUAACCCUUUUAUUUUCUGUAUUUAUUAUGUGAUGGAACGAUUUGUUUCAUUUAAUCGUUAGACGCUGAAAUACGGUUAUUUGUCCGUUUUAUUUACUUCUUUUUUUUUUUUCUGAUCAUUCUCAUGUUCGCUACCAGCAGAUACAAAAAACGUUGAACACAUUGUGGAUAUUUUUGUAUUUCUCCUUCUGUUUUAUCUCUGUCCUUAUUUAUUAUCAUCUAAUUAUAUAUAUGAGAACUUGAAUGUUACUUAUGACAAUAAUGUGUUUGUUUGUAUCAGGGCAACACAAUUUUGUUCGUUUAAAGAACCUUUCUUAUGUCUUGAUUUGUAAAAGUACCGUGGACUUUACGAAUCUUUCUUUCCUAGCUUCAAAAGAGAACAAAAUAGUAUGUAAAAACAAAACGAACCACACACACACACACACACACACACACACACACACACACACACACACACACACACAAAAAAUCCAAUUUAACAGUAAUUUAAGAAUGUAGUUUAGCCUCUUUGGGGAGGAAAUGAACUUAUUGAUAUCAAUGUCAGCUUCAUAUCAUUGUGUGUGUACAAUGGAUGACAAAAAAGCUGUUCUUGGAUCAGUUCUACUGUAAAUAUGAUGUGGUGGCCUUCGGGAAACUCGAAGGCCGUUCCUGCUCUUUGCUUUUGACUUGUAUUGAUGUGUGCAUGCACGCAUUUUCUUUGCAUGGCUUUGACGUAACACUUCUCAGAAAUCACGCUAUUUUCUCAGAACAGCUUUCCUUACAUUGUUAAAUGGGAAAAAAGAAAAACACCUGCCUUCACGUUUACUUUCCCUCUGUUAGUCUCUCUGCAACUGUUUUUUUGUUUCCCCCUUUUCUUUUCUUCCUAUUCUUCCUGUCGUGUUUUCUUCUAUCUACGCUGUAAGCAAGCAAUGUGAUGCAGCUUUUACUAACUUGCAGUGUCUACACGGUAGGCUAUCAGUUUAUAAAAUGCUUCCUUUUAUCUGUACCAUGUACCUCGAACGAGAAACUUUCGGAUGUUCACGGCCCCGUUUACAGACAGCUUGUUUAAACGAAACAACAAUAAAGCAAUACCUGUUGUUAACUUUACUAUUUUAUACAGUUAUAAAGCAAAACUUCAAUGAAGAGAAAAAAAUCUAUAUACAUGCAGAGCAGGAACAUGCAUUAAAGUUGUAAAAAAAAAAAAAAAAAAAUCCCCUUGUAUCAUACCUGUGAGCAAUUUCAGAGAGAAAAAUGAAACAAUAAACUCAUUCACUUAAUAGGA